AUGCCGGACGCGUCCAGCUGCGUCAUCAACAAUCGCGCCUUUUUCGUGUUCGGCUCGCUCAUCGCCUUCUACGCGCCCAUGGUCAUCAUGGUGGUCACGUACGCGCUGACGGUGCAGCUGCUGCGCAAGAAGGCGCGCUUCGCUGCCGAGCACCCGGAGAACGACCAGUUCAGGCGGCUGGGAGGCAGGUCUAAUAGUACUCUCCGGAUCCACUCAUCGCAUACUCAAAUACCUUACACAAAUGGAGGUAAUAAUACUGGACAAAAUACCAGUAGUCGUCGCGAUCAGUGCACGCAGACCCCAGAAGACAUUGCAAGAGAGACAAGAAACUGCAAGCUGAGGUCUUUGAAGCUGCAGCUGAACCAUACCACGUCGAAUCUCACUAAUUUUAGACUGUUGGCCGGCAGGGUGAAACGGAAAACCGUGGCGGCCAAUUCCGUGGCCACCGAACAAAAGGCCUCCAAGGUCCUUGGCAUCGUCUUCUUCACCUUCGUCCUCUGCUGGUCGCCCUUCUUCGUCCUCAACAUCCUCUUCGCCGUCUGCCCUGACUGCGAGGUGCCCAACGACGUGGUGCUGGUGUGCCUCUGGCUAGGCUACGUCAGUUCCACUAUCAACCCGAUCAUCUACACGGUGUUCAACAAGAGCUUCAGGGGGGCCUUCAUCCGGUUGCUGCUGUGCAGGUGCAAGAGGUUGUCCCGACCGACUCGUUACCGAUCUGUGAACGAUGGCAGGGGCGCCGCUAGUCGCCUAUGUACGCCCUCUGCCCUUCCUCUGGCCAUCAGUCUGCAGGGUACGCCGCUGCUGACGCCGGGCUCCACGGACGGUUCCUAUGUCAUCAGAACCCCUUCUUCGAAUUUCAUCAGAGAACGGGAGGAUUCCUACGAGGAUCACGACUGUUGAGUGUUAGAACUGUCAAAGCAUAGUCAGCUUGAUGCAAUAUUGUAGGUUAUAUUUCAAUUUUCUGUUCAUUGAAAACUAUUAUUCAUUUUAAUAUUUUCUAUAUGUCAUCAACUGCCAUGAAGUUGAAUUUUUGUUUGUAUUCAUCCAUCAUGUUAUUUCUGAUGAAAAUGCUGGUAAUAUCGUGUGAAUUUGUGGACUUAUGUUAAAUUAUAUCAACGCAAUAACCUCAAAUUUCUGAUCGGUCUUCUAUAAUUCUCAAGAGGAUAUUGAUUAUUGAUGUAGGUAUGAAAGGUAUGAAAGGAUAGCAACUUCUGUAACAAACUAGUGUAGUUUUUUUU